CGCAGCCACGCUCACCACUGUACAGAAGAAACAUGAAGUCUCUCGUUAUCACCGCCUUCCUCCCGGCGCUUAUCGCCGCGUCCUUCUCGCUCAACGACUCCGGCCCGGACUGGGACUACACGGCCAAUGACCUCCUCAACACGACCUCUCAGGCCUGCAAAGAUGCCUACAGCGCCCAGAUCGACUGUCCCGACACCCUCGUCGGCAUCGUCGCCUCGAUGCGCCCGGCCUUCUCCCCCACCUCGUCCGAUCUCGACGACGUCUGCACCCACACAUGCAAGUCCUCGCUGGACAGCUAUGUAGAGAACGUCAAGAAGGCAUGCAGCGCCGACGGUGACAAGGCGAAGGAAAGCCUGGGCGGGGCUUGCAAUCCGUGCAAGUAUACGUACGACCCGGUUGAGAUUGUCGGCCAGAUCUUCCAGUACUCCUAUGCCCAGAGCUGCCGCAAGGCCGACUCCAGCGGCGAUUACUGCGCUUUCAACAAGACGUCGUCCAGGUUCUCCAACUUCCACUGCGAUGACGAAUGCGCUCUGAAGAGGUUCACUAUCGCGCACAACUACGAGGUGGCCAGCACGAAGCAGUUCAAUUACUACUAUCUUAUCGGCCAAACGGAUUACUGGAUAAAGGAAUUCGAGGACGGCUGGGACACUGUGAAGAAGUGCGAGGGUAUUACCGAGGAUGACUCUACGAGCUCUGCUGCAGCUUCGUCUUCCAAGUCUUCCAAGUCUUCCUCCGCUACUGCAACGAAGUCGGGCCAUCACACUGCAACUGCGGCGGCCAUGACCACGGGAACCACCACUGAAGCCUCCGCUAGCUCGGAGACCACUUCCUCGUUUGGGUCCAGGUUCAAGGCCACUUCUGCUUCUGAAAGUGCAGCUACAGAAGCUGCUGGAAACGCGGGUUCCCAGUUUAGAAAUAGCGGCAGCAUUCUCGGCCUUCUCGUUGGAUUGUGCGCUAUCAGCGUGCUGUAUUGAGGGAUUUGCACGCCGGAGGACUAGCGAAUUGUAGAAAUCCCGUAUGUACGUGUACGCCGUCAACGAGAGUUAACGUAUCUAUUGAGUAAUACUACAUAAUCCCACCAUAGCUAUCUCUCUGACCCGAAGCUGCAAGAAAGCCUCCGAUGGGGACGACGUGUCAGAGCGGGGAACGGCAAUCUCACACGCAUUGCAUCUUGCAUGGCUUGGAGACCAGUAGCUAACGUCGGGAUCGGUGAUGGCUCCGGAGACAGCAGCAAUGCCAAUUGCCUUCC